CUCCUUUUAAAACAUAUUUCAAAAUAUUAUUGCUGAAUAGGGAAGGUAGAGUGAUGGGUCAUAAGAUGAGCAAUAACUGUUGGCACAGGAGGAAAAAGAUUGCAGAGAGAAUAUAAGAAAAAGCAAAUGUUUCUGUAGAUGAUAUAAGGCAGAGUCGAACUGAAAAAGAAUGAUUAAACUACAACAAGAGUCUACAACGUGUGCAGACCUUCUGUGAGUACACCACUACUGACAUUCAGCAACAUGAUGAGGUUUGGAACAUACACUUUUCAACACAAUUUUCAACAUCUUGCCUUGAUCUUCCUUCUGUCAUUACUAUGGAAGGAUAAUAGAUGUCAGAAGACGCCAAUUUACGGUAUCAAGGCCCCAAUAGAGGUCAUUGCACAGAGGGGAUUUUGUGUCGAUGUCCCAUGUACCUUUACGGUACCUGGAAAUAAUCUUUCUAAAAAUGCUCGGGGAAUCAUAUAUAAAGGAACCUUACUUCAGUUAAAUACAGUAGCUUCAAAGACUGGUAGUGGGCCUAGUAUCGGAGGGAAGGUCCAGCUGAUCGGGGAUGUGAUAACAGGAGAUUGCACCUUCAGGAUCACUGAUGUACAAGACAGUGAUGAGUCUCAGUAUCGAUUCAGAAUAGAAGAUGGACUAACUCUGUAUACCUAUCUGGAAAUUCAGCCUUAUGUUAAGGUGACAGAUAUGACAUGUAAGUCACAACCAUCGUACAAUUUAAACGUGCCAAGCCGUGUUGUUGUGCAGAGGGGUCUCUGUGCCUUUAUCCCUUGCACCUUCACCAUCCCUGCAGAUAAAACUCUAUCUCCAAAUGCUCAAGGUAUGUGGUAUAAAGAGAACAAGGUUACUAACAGUAACCCUGUGGCUUCUAAAACUGGUUCUGUGGCUAACAUUGGAGGAAGGAUCCUCCUUACUGGGGAUGUGAGUAAAGGAGACUGUUCCUUCAGCAUCAAUGAUGUCCAAGAGACAGAUGAGUCACCAUAUCGAUUCAGAAUAGAAGAUGGAUCUCUUAAGUUUAAUUACAUGGAUAUUUUGCCCUAUGUGAAGGUGACAGAGCUUACAGAAAAACCUCUUAUCUUUCCAAAAAUACAUCUGCUGGUAGACCAAGAGGCAACAUUGACCUGUAUGAGUCCAGCAAGGUGCACAGGGUCUCCCCCAUCAAUCACAUGGAAUGGAUCAGAAGAAUUAAAUAGUGGUAAAACUCGGAAUUACAGGGUAGAUUAUGAAGAUGGUAAUUGGACUUACAUCUCAUACAUCACAUUUACUCCAUCUAAGAAAAGUAACACGUCUUCAUUAACCUGUACUGUAAGUUACAGAGAUAGCAAUGCGACCACCAGUGCAGACAUCAUACUAAAAGUGGAACAUGUCCCAGAAGAUCAUAAUAUCGUCAGUGACAAUUCACGUGUCGACAGAGUGGUGGACACCAAAAUCAUCAUUGGAAUUGUAGCUGGGAACAUUUUUAUAUUAAUCCUGAUGGGCGUGGGAAUAUUCUGGUAUAUCAGAAAUAACAAUGAGAACAAAGUGAAAGGAAUUGGAAAUAGCAGCACUGAGCAGAAGACUGAAGUGACAGAAUCAGAUUACCAGAAUCUGAAAUUUGAGAACCAAGACAUCUAUCACGUGAUGAAUGCACAGAAGUGAGGUUGAAAUUGUAUCGAAUGGUCAACAUUCAUGGAUUAAGAGCUCAUGGUUUGGGGGCGGAGACUUACCUUCAAGCUAAGCAGAUGUGCAGUGCCUGGGUAUAAGUAUUAUAAAAGUUAACUGCAAAAGAAGACCAUGAGCUCUUUUUCUUUUUUUAUUCUUCAUUUUAAUAUGCAUGCAAAUAACAAAAGCAUAAGUAAGGUUUUUUUUGGGUAGAAUUUGGGGAAUUAAACCUAGCAACCGCUCUUACAAAUUGCCCACAACACACGUUUCAAGUCAGGGUCUCCUGGUCUCCUCGGGACUACAACCCAGUGUUGUGCCUUUACCACUUUGUAAGAGCAGAUUCCAAACCGCUCUCUGAUAUCCUGAGAUGGUGUC